UCACACAUGAAGCGGGUCAUUUUGGACUGAAUUGACUGCUUUUUCACUUUAUGCACUGUCAAAACUAGCUGCAACUAUUUAAGGCUGCAGAGUCUUUUAGCUGAAUUCAAAUGUGAUUUUUAAAAAAACUUUUGUUUUGAAUAUUGUUUUAUUGCCACGGCACCUCCAGUUCGCCUCUGGGGGCUUUUAUUCAUCAGUAAGCACAAUCCACUUGAUCAGGUUACACGCGGCAGCGGAGCUACGUGACUGCACUCAUUCUCUGCAAGCCGGCAGCGGAUGAGUUGGAAAUUCCCGGUCAGCAUUUUCUUUUUUUCUUUUUCUCUGGUGGUUUGGCACUUUUGUGGGAUUGUUUUAUUGUGUGCACCGGGAGCCAUUGACCCCUCUCCACUCGCAGACAUCGCGAAAUGAAACUCGGUCUUGUCAUCCAGACUGCGGUGGUGCUUUAUCUGCUGCUCUCACCUGCACAGAGCCUUUCCCUUUCAAGCCCAAACAAUACAACUGAAGUGUUGAUGUUCCAAGAAGUUUGGGGUCGCAGCUUCUGCCGGACCAUUGAGAAGCUGGUGGAGGUGGUGCAGGAGUACCCGACAGAGGUGGAGCACAUCUACAGCCCCGCCUGUGUGCCGCUGGUGCGAUGUGCAGGCUGCUGUGGGGACGAAAACCUGGAGUGCCAUCCCACCCAAUCCACAAACGUCACCAUGCAGCUGUUGAAAAUCAGGCCAGCAGAGUCGGUUCAAGAAUAUGUUGAGAUGACGUUUGUCGAGCAUCAGACAUGUGAAUGUAGAGUCAGGAAACCAAUUGUGAAGGUUGAAAGGAAAAGGCAAAGAGGAAGAGGAAGGAAGAGAAAGGACAGACAAAAAGCAAAAGACUGUGAUAGGUGCCAGGACCCACGUAGGUAACUGCAGUGGUGACCCAACCCCCAGUUGCAGUGUGGCUCACUAUUUAUUUCCAACCCAAUGACAGCAUCCAGAGUCUCUUCCUCCCGCUCAUCUAUCAUUACCGUGUGCGCAGCCAGAGACUCGGUUGUUUUGCUGACACGCCCUCCUGCUGAUGGGCAGAGCGUCUUUUUUAAUGACAAGCUUCAACCGGAAGUGUCUUUUGAUUGGUGGAAACACUGCAGUUACACACCUGAAACAAUGGACAUCCCUGGGAGCCAGUGCAAUGUAGAACCAAACAGACCAACGCCUUCUCUUUUACACCAGUUAUUACUGUAUCAGUUCUUGUAAUUUGGUCAUUUCUUUGGUAUUUAAAAGUGGUUACACUUCUUUAAAAUCUAUAUUUAUUGAUACAGCUAAAUAUAUUUGGACUAGCAACCUUUGGAAAGUUUAUUAACUUUUUAUUUUUACAUUUUUUAAGAAGGAGCCUUGACUGCUCACAGCAGCAGAUGUUUGACUGUGACUGUGCAGCUGCUUUGUCCAUGCAAUAAUGAAAUGUCUCCCUCUGGUGUUUAUGGAAACAGUGUUUAAAACUGCUGGAUAUUAAAGUAUUGUUCUAGGUCAAUGAUAAAAAUAAGGUCUGAUAUAGAACAGUGCUGUCAGUCAUGAUCAAUCACUUCAUCAUCAUGUUGCCUAUCACUUAUGGAUCCAGGUGUGAAGUGUUUUACUGUAAAAAAAGAAACUGAAGACUUGUCCACAAAAAAGUGUGAAUAAAUGAAGAUGUUAUAUUAGAUUAGAGAUUUAAUCUAUCUCUCUCUUAUGUGGGAGGGGUGGAUCACAUCAGAUUAUUCCAAAUCACAACAGGAAGUGUGCUGUUGGCUGCAGCAGGGACCAAGCUCAGUAGCAAACAGGCAGAUCAAUACCACAGUAAUCAAUACACUCAAGCAGUUCCCAUUUGGUAUUGAUUCCUAUAAAAUAAUAUAAAUUACAAUAAUUGCUCUCUUGUAUUAGUGUGACAGCAAGUUUGUCACAAAAUAAUUUCUGUGAUUUGUGCAGUCACACAUUUUUGUCCAUCCUGGUGCACCACAGGUGUCUUCCUUGGUCUGUUUUUGGAAACACCACAGUAAGGAAGGGAUCAAUUGAAGUAGUUAUGUAAAAUUAUGUCCUUUUGUAUUUUUUUAUGUACUAGGUGACACAAAGAAAACCUCUAUGAAAAUGUACAAAGUAACAUUUCUAUUGUGUUAGUAUUUUUAUUUCAUUUAAAUAUUUAUUUUGUAAUUAAAUUGUUAUGGUUGUCA